AGUCUUUUCUUUUGAACGAGUUUAAUAUUGUAUAUAAUACAUCUGCCGUUAUGUGGACCGGUUACGCGUUGGUACUGCUCGCUUUGGUUGGCGCGACACACUGUUUUCCUGAAGGUCGUGUGGUCAAUGGCACAUCGACGACCAUUGACAAAUAUCCAUUUACGGUGUCCCUGCGCGGCUCAACUGGCUCACAUUCAUGUGGCUCUAGUAUCAUCGCGCCUCGUUGGAUACUCACCGCCGCACAUUGUGUUGUAAACGUAGCAUCGCCCAGCAGAAUCAGUGUACAAUAUGCCACGACUGUGAUUGGUGCUCAGGGCUCCAAUGUGGCUAAGGUGAAACGUAUUAUUGUGCACCAGAACUACUCGAACGUAGAAAUCACCGAUGAUAUUGCCUUGUUGGAGUUGGCUGGACAGCUAGUGUUCAACUACAAAACAAUUGGUCCUGUUACAUUGCCUGCACAGAACUUUGAGAUCCCGCAGGUGGAUGAAGGUGUGCCCGGUGUGUUGGUCGGUUGGGGCUUGAAUGCUACUGGUGGCAGAAUUCAAACUACUUUGCAAGAAGUUGGUCUAAAGAUCUACUCAGAUGAGGAGUGCAUCUCACGACACGAGGGCGGCACAACUGUUCACAAUAUUUGUGGAGGUGUGGAUGAAGGAUGGAAGGGUCAAUGCAGCGGUGAUUCCGGUGGUCCUCUACUCUACGAAGGACAUAUUCAAUUGGGCAUUGUCUCUUGGAGUGUCAAACCAUGCACUCGGCCACCAUAUCCAGGUGUAUAUACCAAGGUUUCGCAUUACAUCGACUGGAUUAAAGAGAACUGUGACUCAUGUAUUUAAAAACAACUUUGAUUGGUUUGUUGAAAUAAAAAAUAGCUAAAGUAUUAAAUAGUAAAGUU